ACAUAUUUCAUCAUGCUUGUCGCUCGCAGAAGGUAUAAAAGGUGGGAGUAAGGUCACCUUAGUGAACCUACAUCCCUGAAUUGUCAGUCAGUGAAAUAACGGCGUGCCGGCUGCAACGUGCUCAGUCUGUGUUCGACAGUGUUGAAGAAUAGUGCUGCCGAAGAAUACUUGUUAUAAAAGACUUUACAGAAAAUGGCAACGUUAAAAGAUCAACUUUUAACUACGGUGACGGAAAGUGUGCCAAAUGGUAGAAACAAAAUCACAGUCGUCGGUGUAGGUCAAGUUGGAAUGGCCUGUGCUUUUAGCAUCUUGACAAACCACGUUUCAAGUGAUGUAGUAUUAAUUGAUGUGAUGGUAGACAAGCUAAAAGGGGAGAUGUUGGAUUUGCAACAUGGCAGUGCAUUUAUGAAAAAUGCAAAAGUCAAUGCCAGCACAGAUUACGCUGCUACUGAAAAUUCGAGUCUCUGUAUUGUUACGGCAGGUGCCCGUCAGCGUGAAGGCGAAACCAGGUUGGAUCUGGUUCAACGUAACACUGACAUCUUCAAAGGCAUCAUUCCUCAGUUAGUCAAAUAUAGCCCGAACACGAUUCUUUUGAUCGUCUCCAACCCUGUGGAUAUUUUAACAUACGUGGCAUGGAAACUUUCCGGCUUGCCAAAAAAUAAAGUCAUUGGUAGCGGGACGAAUCUGGAUUCUGCCCGCUUUCGCUUUUUAUUAUCUCAAAGACUUAACGUCGCUCCUACAUCCUGCCAUGGUUGGAUUAUCGGAGAGCAUGGUGACACCAGUGUGCCUGUGUGGUCCGGAGUUAAUGUUGCUGGAGUGCGUUUGCGUGAUUUCGACGAGCACGUAGGUACCGAUAAAGACAAAGAACAUUGGAACGAGCUACAUAAACAGGUAGUGGAAAGCGCAUAUGAAGUGAUCAAGCUGAAGGGCUAUACUUCUUGGGCUAUUGGUCUCAGCGUAUCGCAUCUUGCUUCAGCAAUAUUAAGAAAUUCCAAUCAAGUGCAUGCUGUAUCCACGAUGGUUACUGGUUAUCAUGGAAUUAAGGAGGAAGUAUUCUUAUCCUUACCUUGCACGUUGGGUGAAGAUGGCGUCACGCAUAUUGUUCGGCAGAAGUUAACAGACGAUGAACUUGCACUCUUACAUAAAUCUGCAGCGAUGAUGCACGAAGUGCAACAAGGCCUCAAAUUUUAGACAAAUAUAUUAUCUUUAUCUACGUAUUUAAGUCAUUUUAUUUUUAUGCUUUUUGUGUGUCUAUUUACAAUUUAUGUGUACUUCAGAUAUUUCAACACAGUAUUAUGUCUACAAGUUUAUUGAACUUUUGUA